UCUCCCACUGGCCUCAGCAAUAGAGGGAGUGGUCAUGGGCAGCUCCUUUUCUGACAAGAGGAUGUCACUUUCCUGAUCCAGCCAGCCUCAGUGCACCUGAGAGCUGUCCCUCAUGCCCAGCACACCGUCUGAGUUGAGUGCUGGAUGGAUGGGAGCCACCAUCCCUGACCAUGUAGAUGCCAGCUCUGGGAAGCAGCAUGGGCCCCACUGAAUGGAGACUACUGGGUCUAGAGCCCUGAGCCCCUCCAGCCCCUGGACUUCACCCUGGACCCAGAGGCACCCCUUGGAGUUCACUACUGCUGCUGUCAGCCCACCUCGACUGCCCCCUCCCCCUGGGACCCGGAGUCGGCCACCGGGAGCCGCAGCCAUCCAGUGAGGUUGUGCUGAGGACAGCCACACAGAGCCAUCACCCAGUAGCCUCUGGUCCAGUGCUGACCCUCGGGCCCACCCUGAGCAGGGACUGUGGCAAACAUGGGUGACAUGACCAACAGCGACUUUUACUCCAAAAACCAAAGAAACGAGUCAAGCCAUGGGGGCGAGUUCGGGUGCACGUUGGAGGAGCUCCGCUCCCUCAUGGAGCUGCGGAGCACUGAGGCUGUGGUCAAGAUCAAGGAGACUUACGGGGACACCGAAGCCAUCUGCCGGCGCCUCAAAACCUCACCUAUCGAAGGUUUGCCAGGCACGGCUCCAGACCUAGAAAAGAGAAAGCAGAUUUUUGGACAAAACUUUAUACCUCCAAAGAAGCCAAAAACCUUCCUGCAGCUCGUGUGGGAAGCGCUGCAAGAUGUGACGCUGAUCAUCCUGGAAAUCGCGGCCAUCAUCUCCCUGGGGCUCUCCUUCUACCACCCACCUGGCGAGAGCCAAGAAGGAUGCGCCACAGCCCAGGCUGGGUCUGAGGAUGAAGGGGAGGCAGAGGCAGGCUGGAUUGAGGGGGCUGCCAUCCUCCUCUCAGUCAUCUGUGUGGUCCUGGUCACGGCCUUCAAUGAUUGGAGCAAAGAGAAGCAGUUCCGGGGCCUGCAGAGCCGCAUUGAGCAGGAGCAGAAGUUCACCGUGAUCCGGGCUGGCCAGGUGGUCCAGAUUCCUGUGGCCGAGAUUGUGGUUGGGGACAUCGCCCAAAUAAAAUAUGGUGAUCUCCUCCCUGCUGAUGGCCUCUUCAUCCAGGGCAAUGACCUCAAGAUCGAUGAAAGCUCCUUGACAGGAGAGUCUGACCAGGUGCGCAAGUCCGUGGACAAGGACCCCAUGCUGCUGUCAGGGACCCAUGUGAUGGAGGGCUCUGGACGGAUGGUGGUGACCGCUGUGGGUGUGAACUCUCAGACUGGCAUUAUCUUUACCUUGCUGGGAGCCGGUGGUGAGGAGGAAGAGAAGAAAGACAAGAAAGGUGUGAAGAAGGGGGAUGGCCUUCAGCUACCAGCGGCCGAUGGUGCGGCAGGUUCAAAUGCUGCAGAUAGUGCAAAUGCCAGCCUAGUCAAUGGUAAAAUGCAGGAUGGCACUGUGGACACCAGCCAGAGCAAAGCCAAACAGCAGGAUGGGGCCGCCGCCAUGGAGAUGCAGCCCCUCAAGAGUGCUGAGGGCGGUGACGCUGACGACAAGAAGAAAGCCAACAUGCACAAGAAGGAGAAGUCGGUGCUCCAGGGCAAGCUCACCAAGCUGGCUGUGCAGAUCGGCAAGGCGGGCCUGGUGAUGUCGGCCAUCACGGUGAUCAUCCUGGUGCUCUACUUCACCGUGGACACCUUCGUGGUCAACAAGAAGCCAUGGCUGCCCGAGUGCACGCCCGUCUACGUGCAGUACUUCGUCAAGUUCUUCAUCAUUGGUGUGACGGUGCUGGUGGUGGCCGUGCCCGAGGGGCUCCCUCUAGCCGUCACCAUCUCGCUGGCCUACUCUGUGAAGAAAAUGAUGAAGGACAACAACCUGGUACGCCACCUGGAUGCCUGUGAGACCAUGGGCAAUGCCACGGCCAUCUGCUCAGACAAGACGGGCACGCUGACCACCAAUCGCAUGACGGUAGUGCAGGCCUACCUUGGUGAUGUCCACUAUAAGGAGAUCCCAGACCCCAGCUCCAUCAAUGCCAAGACCAUGGAGCUGCUGGUCAAUGCCAUCGCCAUCAACAGCGCCUACACCACCAAGAUUCUGCCCCCAGAGAAGGAGGGCGCACUGCCUCGGCAGGUGGGCAACAAGACCGAGUGCGGCCUGCUGGGCUUCGUGCUGGACCUGAAGCAGGACUACGAUGCCGUGCGCAGCCAGAUGCCGGAGGAGAAGCUGUACAAAGUGUACACGUUCAACUCUGUGCGCAAGUCCAUGAGCACAGUCAUCAAGCUGCCGGACGAGAGCUUCCGCAUGUACAGCAAGGGCGCGUCUGAGAUCGUGCUCAAGAAGUGCUGCAAAAUCCUCAACGGGUCAGGUGAGCCCCGGGUCUUCCGGCCCCGUGACCGGGAUGAGAUGGUGAAGAAGGUGAUCGAGCCUAUGGCCUGUGAUGGGCUCCGCACCAUCUGUGUGGCCUACCGCGAUUUCCCCAGCAGCCCCGAGCCUGACUGGGAUAAUGAGAAUGAUAUCCUGAACGACCUCACUUGCAUCUGUGUGGUGGGCAUUGAGGACCCCGUGCGGCCUGAGGUCCCAGAAGCCAUCAGGAAGUGCCAGCGGGCAGGCAUCACGGUCCGCAUGGUCACCGGCGACAAUAUCAACACAGCCCGGGCUAUCGCAAUCAAGUGUGGCAUCAUCCAUCCUGGGGAGGACUUUCUGUGCCUUGAGGGCAAGGAGUUCAACCAGAGGAUCCGCAACGAGAAGGGGGAGAUUGAGCAAGAGCGAAUCGACAAGAUCUGGCCAAAGCUGCGGGUGCUGGCUCGCUCCUCCCCCACAGACAAGCACACCCUGGUCAAAGGCAUCAUCGACAGCACCCACACGGAGCAGCGGCAGGUGGUGGCCGUGACAGGAGACGGCACCAAUGAUGGUCCUGCACUCAAGAAGGCGGACGUGGGAUUCGCCAUGGGCAUUGCAGGUACAGAUGUGGCCAAGGAGGCCUCGGACAUCAUCCUGACAGACGACAACUUCAGCAGCAUCGUCAAGGCGGUGAUGUGGGGCCGCAAUGUCUACGACAGCAUAUCCAAGUUCCUGCAGUUCCAGCUGACAGUCAACGUGGUGGCUGUGAUUGUGGCCUUCACGGGGGCUUGCAUCACGCAGGACUCCCCUCUGAAGGCUGUGCAGAUGCUCUGGGUGAACCUCAUCAUGGACACGUUCGCCUCACUGGCGCUGGCCACCGAGCCGCCCACCGAGACCCUGCUUCUGAGGAAGCCGUACGGCCGCAACAAGCCCCUCAUCUCGCGGACCAUGAUGAAGAACAUCCUGGGCCACGCCGUCUACCAGCUCACCCUCAUCUUCACACUGCUCUUUGUGGGUGAGAAGAUGUUCGAGAUCGACAGCGGGAGGAACGCCCCCCUGCACUCGCCGCCCUCGGAGCACUACACCAUCAUCUUCAACACCUUCGUCAUGAUGCAGCUCUUCAACGAGAUCAAUGCCCGCAAGAUCCACGGCGAGCGCAACGUCUUUGACGGCAUCUUCCGGAACCCCAUCUUCUGCACCAUCGUGCUGGGCACCUUUGCCAUUCAGAUAGUGAUCGUGCAGUUUGGGGGGAAGCCGUUCAGCUGCUCCCCGCUGCAGCUGGACCAGUGGAUGUGGUGCAUAUUCAUCGGGUUAGGAGAGCUCGUCUGGGGCCAGGUCAUCGCCACCAUCCCCACCAGCAGGCUCAAGUUCCUCAAGGAGGCAGGCAGGCUCACACAGAAGGAGGAGAUCCCGGAGGAGGAGCUCAACGAAGACGUGGAGGAGAUAGACCACGCCGAGCGAGAGCUGAGGCGAGGCCAGAUCCUAUGGUUCCGAGGCCUGAAUCGGAUCCAAACCCAGAUUGAAGUAGUCAAUACAUUCAAGAGCGGGGCCUCCUUCCAGGGGGCCCUGCGGAGACAGUCCUCCGUCACCAGCCAGAGCCAGGACGUAGCCAAUCUCUCUAGCCCUAGUCACGUGUCGUUGUCCAAUGCUCUUUCCUCUCCGACCAGCCUUCCUCCUGCUGCAGCUGGGCGUGAAGGGCUAGAGAACCCUGGACACAGAGUUCAGCAAGAGAGAGUGAAAUUAAAAGAGAUCCGCGUCGUGAAGGCGUUCCGUAGCUCUCUCUAUGAAGGUCUAGAAAAGCCUGAGUCUCGAACCUCCAUCCAUAAUUUCAUGGCUCAUCCUGAAUUCCGGAUCGAAGAUUCACAGCCCCACAUCCCCCUCAUCGAUGACACCGACCUGGAAGAAGAUGCCGCGCUCAAGCAGAACUCGAGCCCGCCGUCAUCGCUCAACAAGAACAACAGCGCCAUCGACAGCGGGAUCAACCUGACGACCGACACAAGCAAAUCAGCUACCUCUUCAAGUCCAGGGAGCCCCAUCCACAGCCUGGAGACGUCGCUUUAGCUGAGGACCCCACCGCCACCCACCUCCCGGGCACCCACCCAUCCAGACACCCAACUCACUCAAGCAGCAACGAGCAACAACAGGAAACCAAAUACUGGAGAGAAAAACCAACGUUUCCACCCAACAGACCCUUUUUCUGGCUGUGAUGCUGUUUGAACUCUUUCUCACUUUGAGGCAAGGGGCAGGGUCUCCUCCUGGGCUUAAGGGAGUGAGCGAUUUUCCCAGAACAAGCCCUUCCUGGCUCCUGCCCACACAUGGACCAGCCAUGCGCCCGCCCAGCCGCCAUGUCCCCUGCAUGAAUGUACUGUACACUUCCAGUCCUCCGCUUGUUUGGUUUUGGGGGGCUGGGGAGGGUUUUUGUUUGUUUUCUUAGGCGGGAACUGCAAACAGACUAUUUUCUGAGACUAUUUAUCCAAUCCACUGGUCUGUGAAUUUUUGAAAUGCUUGCAAAGCAUGGUCUCAGUUGUAUAGGUUAAUUUAACAACUUUUUGACAUUGCAGAGCUUAACUCGCCUAGUAGAUUUGCACCAAUGGAACCGAAGAACUUCAUAGACACUCACAAGGUUAUAUCCAUUUAUUUAUAUCUAUAUCAACGUAUACUUACUCAAGACUGUAUACGUCCAUAUAGAUAGGUAGAUAUAUAUAUAUAUAUAAAUAUAUAUACAUGGAUAUAUAAAGUUUCUUUGCCGGCAUGUUGCCUUGUUUCUGCUUAAAUUGCUCUAUUUUAACUUAUUUAUGUUCUAAAAGAAGAAUGUAAUUUGUUUACAAACCUGUAGAUAAUGUCUUUGGCUAUUUGUAUGGUUUAAGAACACUGGUGGCUGAGAUGCUAUAAAAACAGCUCAGCUCAACAGACACUUCCCUGGAUUGCAUCCUUGAUGUUUUACGAUAGCCAUGCUCUGAUUUUUGCCUGCUAUUUCCGUUCAAUAAUGUCACUACCACAGGAGGCUCAGGCAGAAGCCAAAAGUUACCAAGUGUCCAUCCUGAGGGCUUUAACACCAUGCUCCGUAGACAAAGGGAGAGGAGAGAGAAGGCUUCGUGGGCUUGGGAGCACUAAGGGUCAUCCCGGCCCAAGGAUGACGGGAGUAAAGCAUUUUGUUGAAGACUUUUCUCUCAGUGAAACUCGCUUGGGUUUACAAAGAGCAUUUCGCAAAGGGGUUCUCUUUGGCGCUGUCUGUUUAGAGAUUGAGGUAGUGUUGCAAUAUUAUAAAUGCUAUUGUGUUGAUUUUUUUUUUUUAGUUAGUAAUUUAGAGGUUUAUUCCCUUAUUAAUUGCAGCAUUUAAGCUGUUGGUGUAUUGGAUGAGGAUCAUUAUGGCUUGCUGCUUUUAUUUUUAUUUUUGAAGAAGAAUAGCCUUUUUCUCUGCACUAUUUAGAUCCGAACAAACCUUAUGAUGUGUAUAUUGAGAUGUAUUCAGUGUGAUUUUUAAACCAAACUGUCUUCCUAUAGUCGCAAUAUAUACUGUAGCCUUUUAACAGCAAGUCGCUUUCCCGACAGAAAGCCAUUCUGAAACCCUACAGUAUCACAGGUGAGAAGGGGAGGUUAUUUUUCCCUCAAGACAAUUACAGCACUAGUAAUCCCACGUAAUAAGAGCUCAAUUAAUUGUAUGUCAGCCUCCUAACUGCUAAGCACUUUGUGGGUAUCAGCUUUUUUCAUAAAAGAACUUUUGUAUUUAAUACAAAGUUUGCUUUGAGACUUUUCAGCAUACGAUCUUUUUCCAUAAACUUGUACAGUGCAAAAGACAUUUUGAAUACCAUGAUCGAUGAUGUCCCAUGCUUCAAGGAAAACCAAACACGUCCCGCCUCGCUUGUGAAAUUCAUUCCUCAUAAGGACCCUUCCCACAGUUGCUCUGCAUCACCCCGGCCCCUUCCCUUCUCCAGGCCCAGAGAAUUCUUCCACACACAAGAGGAGAGCCACGCGGGAAAAGAGCCAUAGUCAGCUGGGAGGGCCUACAUCUGGAGAAACCUGAGGGUGUGGGACCCCAAGUCAGCCCAUCCCACCUGGCGAAAUCUUCCUGGAAGGAGGACCUUCUUUGCGCACGAGCAUCGCCUGAAUGUCGAGAAGGAAUAUCUCUGAACGUACCCAGCAGAGGAAACUGCAUCCCCAAAGGGGUGACCAGCCCUCAAUAGGCUGAUUGGAUUCCAAUACCAACACCACCAAAAGCCAGCCUGCCGAGAGAGGAAAGCCCUGCACAUGCAGAAUGUUGGGCAGCCUUGGAACAUGGGGGUUUUGUAGUUUCCUUUUCUCAAAGUUUUCCAUCUCCCCACUUCUUGGUUCCAAUCCUGUGCCCCUGACCUCAUUCCAUGGCCCUGGGAAAGCUGCCCUUGCACACCACGCUCCCUAUUUACUUGGGGCCAGGACGCAAGGGAAACAGAAGGGGUUUCCGAGUGGAUCAUAGCUGGGGGAACGGGGAGCCACGGGAGCUACCGAGAAUGCCCCGCGUUAGGGUUGGUCUUUUCUUGUCAGGAAUGAUGGAUGCUCACGCACACGCACACGCACACGCACACGCACACACGCACACACCCUCCCUCUGACGCUUGCACACACAUCCACACACACAGGAAAUGAUUGGGUUUGUCAAAACUCACUGUAGUACAUAAAGCUUGCACUCUGUGUCCUAUAUCUAGCAGCAUGGGGUACGUUUGGCAGUUCACCCCAUUAGGGGGUAAAUAAUUUAUGACCAUUCAUCUGUUUUUAUGAAUUUUUUUAUCUAGACAAUAAUUGUAAAUAAAGAACUCACCGUCUCUGUUCAUUUAAUACUA